AUGCUGGAGGUCACGGCCGCCAGGCGUCGCAAGCGCCCGCAUGCAGGACUCCCGGCAUGCGGACUGUUUGAAGUCUGGUGUCUGUCUCUUGCCUCUCCCCUUCUGAUCCAGCUCUGGCAGGCCGCGCUAAGCACGCUCAACCCCAACCCCACGGACAGCUGUCCCCUCUACCUGAACUAUGCCACCGUGGCCGCCCUGCCGUCCAGGGUGAGCCGGCACAACAGCCCUUCCGCUGCCCACUUCGUCACCCGACUCGUGCGGACCUGCCUGCCGCCCGGGACCCAUCGGUGCAUCCUGAUGGUGUGCGAGCGGGCAGACGCCUUCGCCUCCGCCUGCGCCCUGGCCCGGGCCUUCCCCCUCUUCACCCACCGCUCGGGGGCUUCUCGACGCGCAGAGAAGAAGACGGUUACGGUGGAGUUUUUCCUGGUGGGACAAGACAACGGGCCUGUGGAGGUGUCCACAUUGCAAUGCUUAACAAACGCCACGGACGGCGUGCGGCUGGCUGCCCGUAUCGUGGACACGCCGUGCAACGAGAUGAACACAGACACGUUCCUCGAGGAGAUUAAGAAAGUUGGAAAAGACCUGGGGAUCACCCCCACUGUCAUCCGGGACGAGGAGCUGAAGACCAGAGGGUUUGGAGGAAUCUACGGUGUUGGCAAAGCCGCCUUGCACCCCCCUGCACUGGCCGUCCUCAGCCACACCCCAGAAGGAGCCACCCAGACCAUCGCAUGGGUGGGCAAAGGGAUUGUCUACGACACCGGGGGUCUGAGCAUCAAAGGGAAGACCACCAUGCCGGGGAUGAAGAGAGACUGCGGGGGCGCCGCGGCCGUGCUGGGGGCCUUCGGAGCCGCCGUCAAGCAGGGCUUCAAAGACAAUCUGCACGCUGUGUUCUGCUUGGCCGAGAACUCGGUGGGUCCCAACGCCACGAGGCCGGACGACAUCCACCUGCUGUACUCAGGAAAGACUGUGGAAAUCAACAACACCGACGCCGAGGGCAGGCUGGUGCUGGCCGACGGGGUGUCCUAUGCCUGUAAGGACCUGGGUGCGGACAUCAUCCUGGACAUAGCCACGCUGACUGGAGCACAGGGCAUCGCCACCGGCAAGUACCAUGCUGCAGUGCUCACCAACAACGCGGAGUGGGAGGCGGCCUGCGUGAAGGCUGGGGCGCGGUGCGGGGACCUGGUGCACCCGCUGGUCUACUGCCCGGAGCUGCACUUCAGCGAGUUCACCUCGGCCGUGGCUGACAUGAAGAAUUCGGUGGCGGACCGGGACAACAGCCCCAGCUCCUGUGCUGGCCUCUUCAUCGCCUCGCACAUUGGCUUUGACUGGCCUGGGGUGUGGGUCCACCUGGACAUCGCCGCACCUGUGCACGCUGGUGAGCGUGCCACAGGCUUCGGCGUGGCCCUCCUGCUGGCUCUCUUCGGCCGGGCCUCUGAGGACCCUCUGCUGAACCUGGUGUCCCCACUUGGUUGUGACACGGAUGCCCCGGAGGUGGAUGCAGAGAGGGACUCCAAGAGGCGCAGGCUCGUGUGAGGCCGGCCACUCCCCGGGCCCCUCACGACACAAGGCUUUUUACCUCACUUUGCACUGAUUAAUUGUAAGCAAUUGGAAGAUUAUACCUUACUACAGGCUUUGGUUUGUUUUAUUUUUAGUUGUCAUGGUGAUAGAAGCAGCUCCUUCUAAGACAGCUCAGGGUCUGGAGGAUGGCCCCGGGUCAGGGGAGCACUGGGCUCCCAGCCAGCUUCCGCACACGCUGCUCCCUGCGGGGGCCUCCCCACAACCUUGAGGUUCCACGAGGCCUUCAGGCCUCCUGCCCCUGCUCUGUGCACGCAGUGCGUGCUGGUGGCCUCAUUGUUGGCCCCAGGCCCCACACGUGGUAUCCGCAUCAUGGAGAGGCCAGGCCGUGCUCCAGCCCAGGCAGCCACUCCACCUCCGAGCAGCCCACCCCUUGGAAAAGACGGAAGUGACUUGUUUUCAGGACCCAAUUUUAUGGAGCAAGGAGUCUCUGCGUCUCUAGGAUUUCUUGGAGGUUGAAGUAAAUCUGGCCGAAUCACAUUA